AUGUCUCGUGAAGCCUACCAAGUUCCCACGGCAGUGCCCACCCCAGGCCGCGAUGCCUACGGCGGUGGUCUCGAAGGCCAAGGCCACGGCCCAGCCAUCCUCUACACGUGCGGCGACUGCAGCGCGAAGGUGCCUCUCAAGAGAGGUGACCCCAUUCGUUGCAAGGAGUGUGGACAUCGUGUUCUCUACAAGGAGCGGACGAAGAGAAUGGUUCAGUUCGAGGCGAGAUGA